AUGCAGUCUAUGGGGCAGGGACAGAGCUGUAUCUCCUUCCAGGGAGUUCCUGAGGCCACAAUAAUUGAGCAGCUCAGUUCCCCUUUGUCCAGGAGGAUCAACAGCAGCUCCAUCAGCGAGUUCCUCCUCCUGGCAUUUGCAGACACAAGAGAGCUGCAGCUCCUGCACUUCGCGCUCUUCCUGGGCAUCUACCUGGCUGCUCUCCUGGGCAACGGCCUCAUCCUCACAGCCAUAGCCUGUGACCACCGCCUCCACACCCCCAUGUACUUCUUCCUCCUCAACCUCGCCCUCCUCGAUCUGGGCUGCAUCUCCACCACUGUCCCCAAAGCCAUGGCCAAUUCCCUCUGGGACACCAGAGCCAUUUCCUACUCGGGAUGUGCUGCUCAGGUCUUUUUCUUUUUCUUUCUGUUUUUAGCAGAGUUUUCUAUUCUCACCAUCAUGUCCUAUGACCGCUAUGUUGCCAUCUGCAAGCCCCUGCAUUACAGGACCCUCCUGGGCAGCAGAGCUUGUGCCCACAUGGCAGCAGCUGCCUGGGGCAGUGGGGUUCUCUAUGCUUUGCUGCACACUGCCAAUACGUUUUCACUGCCUCUCUGCCAAGGCAAUGUUGUGGACCAGUUCUUUUGUGAAAUCCCCCAGAUCCUCAAGCUCUCCUGUUCAUCCUUAUACCACAGCGAAAUUGGGCUUCUCACAUUUAGUGUUUGUGUGUUUAUGGGGUGUUUUGUAUUCAUUGUGCUCUCCUAUGUGCAGAUUUUCAGGGCCGUGCUGAGGAUCCCCUCUGUGCAAGGACGGAACAAAGCCUUUUCCACAUGCCUCCCUCACAUGGCUGUGGUCUGCUUGUUUCUCAGCACUGGCAUGUUUGCCUACCUGAAGCCCCCCUCAAUCUCCUCACCAUCCCUGAACCUGGCAGUGGCAGUUCUGUACUCAGUGAUGCCUCAGGUAUUGAACCCCUUCAUCUACAGCAUGAGGAAUCAGGAGCUCAAGAAUGCUAUUAGAAAAGUGAUGUCAUGGAUAUUUUUCAGGAUGUUCUGA